AUGGCUAGGGCUUUAGCCCUCUUGAUUUCCGGCGAUGUCGGCGGCGAAUCCGUUUCUCAAUUCUCCGGGAUUCUUCUUAUGAUAUGCAUGGUUUUGUUGACGGUCUCCGUCUUGGCCAUCGUCGCGUUCAAUUGCGGCGUCAAGAAGCCGAAGCCGAAGAAUAAUGUGUACUACUACGGCGCCGGGAACCCUCCGCCUUACUACGGAGGCGGUCCGACCUACGCAAGUGGCGGCGGCGGCGGCCGUGGUGGCGGUGGCGUCGGUGCAGGCCUGGCGGUCGGAGCUGGCGUAGGCUUGGCCGCCGGUUUGGCCACUGGCCUGGUCGUCGACGCCGCUAUCGACAGCGCUCAUGGCGGCGGCUGUGGUGGCGGUGGCUGUGGUGGCGGUGGCUGCGGCGGCGGCGGCUGCGGCGGCGGUUGUGGUGGUUAA